AUGGCAGAUGUUUGCCAUGGCUCCGGAUUGCUCGUCAGUGAUAUAGCCCUCGAGUUCGGACACGAUGCAUUCGAGGACAAUGACGUGGGCAUAAGGUUCACGCCGUCCUUCGCAGCAAACCUGCGAGAGACGGUGGAGAAGCUUCAGAAUUGUCAGCCUGGCGGUGCUCUCCUUUUGGAAGGUCAUACACCAGGCCUCCCGGCGGAUAACAACCCAAUGCGCUGCAGCAUUGGUGAGGAGGCUGCGACUCUGUUGCGCGAUCACCUGGAGCGGGAGGGCGUGCGCCGUCCCAUUCGCUGCAUUGGCUAUGGAAGUGCAGAGGGCCUUGGCCUCCGCGUGCGUGUGCGCCUGGAGGGAACGGAAACCCCAGACACACAAGCUCCUCCGACGCCGGCAAAUGCGACGAGUGCAAUUCAGGAUACUCUCCGGCAGAUACGCCAUGAAAUCCACCAGCUGUCCUGUUCCAUGCCAUUGACAUUCAAAUCGAAUUCGUCGGAUUUGUCACAAGAAGGGACAUGCUUUGUACUCAAGACCGCCAAGCUCGCUCGUUCACAUCCCGAGCUGACCAUCCAGUGCUCAGGCUUCGCCAAGGGACUUCCGGAGGAAGACAACCAAGCAAAGCGCGAGCUUUCAAAGCUCCGAGCGGAUGCCGUAGCGAAGACGCUGCAGAAGCAUGGUGUCCGCAACAAGAUUCUCAGCUACGGUUUCGGUUCGGCGCUGGGCUCCGGGCUUUGUGCCAGUGUGGACUUCCUUGCACCCGACGACGAUGCAGAAGGAAACGAAUUUCGGUCUAUCCCCAAUGCCGAGCUCGUCACCGAAGAGCAGGAAGGUGCGGUAGUGGACGCUCUGCUGAAGGAGCUUCUGCUGCAAUUCUCCUUCGAGCCGAACGGUGUAAGGAUCUCGGCUUCCCCUUUGCUGCGCAUGGUAGCACUGGUCCUGAAGUCUUUCCCUUCCUGGAUUAUCAGGUGCGAAGGUCAUGCGAAGGGCUUGCCGAAGGAGAACAGCCUAGAGAAGAAGCAGCUGUCCUUGGCUCGAUCGGAAAAUGUUCGGAAAGCUCUGCAGGAACUUGGAGUGCGCAACCCGAUUCACUGCUUCGGCUAUGGCUCUGAGAUGGGCAUAGGGAAAGCCGUCCGAAUGUAUGCUCUGGAGCGACAAGGUGCACUGCGUAUUCCGGAGCUCACAGACAUGACUGCAGACGACAGGGAGAAGGAGCUGAAUCGCUUGCUGGAGCAAAUGCUGAGCAGCAACAUCGAUUUCGUCCCGAACCAGACAGCCAUCCCGAAGUCUGCUGGAGGUGUGUUAUCCAGCAUCGCCGACUUGCUGCGGGCUUUCCCGGAUGAGAUGGUGCUUGUAUGUGAGGCACAUGCACGGGGCUUGCCAGAGGAACACUCGGAGAGCAAGGAGAAGUUGACGAGGCGCCGAGCAGAGCUUUGGUGCCAAGAACUUCGAUCUCGCGGGGUCCUUCAAGAUUUGCAAUGCCGUGGAGCUGGAUGUGCAGAAGGGCUGGGGCCAUGCAUUCGCAUGUGGGUGACCUCACAGGCUCCGGUCGAGUCUCCAGCGGUGAGCGACCAGGAAGACCCUCGGACUAGGGUCAAUGUGCUGUUGGCCGCCGCUCUCGAGAAGGAUGGGGCCGUCAAGUUCGCAACGAACUCUUAUCAGGUUCCAGCCGCCGCAGCAGGGGUGAUCAAAGCACUAGCAACUGUCCUUGCGACCUGCCCGCAGUGUCCCAUCUGUGUGGAGGGCCAUGCCAAAGGCCAGCCAGGAGAGAAUAGUGAAGCGAAGCAGCGACUGUCACGAAUGCGUGCAGAGGCUCUGAAAGUGGAACUGAGAAAGGCUGGAGUUUCGAACUCCAUCCGCUGCAUUGGCCGAGGAAGUGAUGGUGGACUGGGCACUUGCUUUCAGGUUGUGGUGGACGAAGGCCAGACAAGCCUCGAGGAGACGGAGGUGGCCCUCCAGGACACGCAGCUCAGUGUGGAAGAGCGUCGCAGGCUGCUGGAAGAACGGUUGGAUGCGAUUCUUGAUGGGGGCUUUAAAUUCCAGCCAAACACGAUGGAGCUUCAGCUGGGAUCAGCCAUUGCGCUGUCCAAAGUGGCACAACUGCUCAAGGCUUUCCCGGAUGUCGCAGUAGAAAGCGUGGGACAUGCCAAAGGCCGUCCAGAGGACAACAACGAUGCCAGAGUUCGGCUUUCAGAGGACCGAGCAGCAGUUGUUCGACGGGCCUUGGUGGCUGAAGGAGUUGCCAAUGCCAUCACGUGUACAGGGGUUGGCUCCUCGCUCGGCCUAGGAACGAAGGUCUGUUUGCGGACAGUCCACCCAGGCUGA